AUGGAUUCAAACAACAGUGACGCAAAGACGGACGCUAGCGUCGAAAACUCUCAGAGAGAUAAGAAUAGUAGUAGUACCAGUGACCAAUGUGUUCCAAAAUCUGAACCAUCGGCUUCUACUAUUCUUCCAACUUCUUCUCCAGCCUCCCCUACUAUAACUCCUCUAGUUACCUCUCCGCAAAAUGACCAGUCGCUUAUUUCUGCUCCAGUUCUUACCUCUUCUCCGCCUUCCACCACCUUACAGAGCACUCCGUCGUCUAAUUCUACUGCAAAUAAUUUGACGACAACAACAGUUGCAACACACAAAACGCAGGCCGCCUUUGUGAACAAAUUGUACACAAUGGUGGAAGAUCAGUCAAUACAGCAUUUGAUUUCCUGGGCUCCUUCCGGUGACGUUUUUAGUGUAUCUAAUCCAACCGAAUUUUCAAAAACGGUCCUGCCACAAUAUUUUAAACAUAACAAUUGGCAAAGUUUUGUUAGACAAUUAAACAUGAAUGAUAUGUUUCACGCGAACCCAACAAGUGAAAGUCAAGCAUGGGAAUUCAAACAUCCUGAAUUUCGUCGAGGGCAGCUUGCUGCCUUACAAAAUAUUAAACGUAAAAGUUCAAAACAUCAUUCUAUUCCAAUUAAUUCUGGGAAAGGGGGUUUACCCGGUGCAGAUCCCGGUCUGCCUUUAGAUAUUACUGCUGAUGCUAUGCGUGAUGAAAGAAUUGAAUGUUUGACAAAUCAAAUGUCUGAUAUUACGGAAAGAAUGCGUCAAAUGAAUGAAAAUUUUAGUCUCCUUUACGCUGAAACUGUUUCAUGUCGAAUGCAACAGUCAAAACACGAAAAGGUAAUUACUGAUAUCGCAAAUUUUCUUUCUUCCACAUUCCGAGAAGAAAAUUCUAAUGAUCCAAGGAGCUUAAAACGAAAGUUUGACUUGGAUUGUAUACAAGCUGAAAUUGCAAAAUUUGGCCAAAAUGAUGUACCUCCUUCAUCUUACCCUAUGAUGCCAUAUCACCCAUCUAACUAUCCCAGAGAAGGAAUGCAUCCAAGUCGAUCUAUGUCUACCCCACAGCCUAUGGUCGGGGUUGAAUCUUCUUCCCCAUAUCAUCCUUCGCAAGUAUCGGAUGUUGAUUAUCGUUCAUCAUUCUCAGAUCCACACAGAUCGUCUAAAAUUCCUCCGCAUAGUCCUUUGUCCAUGUUACCAGAAAUUCCUUUUUCUCCUCAUCUUCGCUCUAACCCUAAUUAUAUUCGGCAUCGUUCCCUUGAACCGGUACCAAAUUCAAGUCUUAGUAGAACUUUGUCAAAACCUCCCACAAAUUCGCAUAAUCCACAAUCUUCAUCUCAGUAUGUUCAUCAUACUCCACAUCGUUCAUCAACACUUCCGACUCUUACACAGUCUGUUAAUUCAUCGAAUCGACGAGCAUCACAUCCGAAUACUUCUUUAAGUUUUGGUUCUGAUAGUAAUCUAUUGAAUCCCCCUGAAAACAAUAGAUACGAAAAAGAUGAUGACACUUCCAAAUCACAAAGGAUUCCUUUAUCUUCAUCUCCUUCAUCAACUUCCUAUACCAAUUCUGAAAAUCCGGUUGUUGCUAAUUCCACAAGACAAAGAUCUCCUCCAUUACCCGAUCCACCAGAUAAUGAUGUGGAAUAUAAUAAUAAACGUAGUAAGAGAAAUUAA